AGCCAUUACACGAACCUAAAGAUUCGUGGAUCGAACCCAACCUCAGUAUAUCGACUGAUACUGUCUAGGCUUGGGCCACCUAGCAGUAUACCAGCCCUCGAGCCUCCUACCGUUGGGAUGGAAGCCGGGCACCGAAAGGGUGCUACAACUGAACGACUUGAUUUGAUUAUUUCACGGAGAGUCAUUAGAAAGAUGGAACAUCAGACCAUCCCACUUCAUUCCUACGAUAAAUAUAAGGUUACACAGGCGGCUCAGUGGCUAGAGCACUGGUCUUGUAAACCAGGGGUCGGGAGUUCGAUCCUCCCUGGGGGCAGCCCGCUUUUCGUUUCGAAAACUGUUCCCGGCGCAUUGCCAUCGUCUCGAAUACGCACCCGAGGUCUUUCAGACUGCCGU